AUGUAUAAGAGUUUUAUUGACAUAUGCGCUCGGAGGCAAACGGCAGGCUACCGCCUGCCCCGUGUUCCGUCUACACAUGACAACAUAAUUGUGGCAAUGUCAGGCGGCGUGGACUCUUCAGUAUGUGCUGCUUUAUACGCUCACUUCCCAAAAGUCCGUGGGCUCUACAUGCAGAACUGGUCGCAGACGUCGGGCUCAGGGCCUGUAGAGGGUAAGGCCGAACCUUGUUACGAGCAAGAUUGGAAGGAUAUUGAGAAAGUGGGCGCGUACCUUAAUAUUCCCGUCGAGAGAGUCAAUUUCGAACGGGACUACUGGCUGGAUGUUUUCGAGCCUAUGUUACAACGGUAUCAACAGGGUUAUACUCCGAACCCAGAUAUUGGCUGCAACAGGUUUGUAAAGUUUGGAGCGUUGCGGGAGCACCUGGACAAGGAGUAUGGACGCGGCAACUACUGGCUGGUAACAGGCCACUAUGCGCGAAUCCUAUCCCCCCAGACUCGCAGAGAGACCCACCUGCUGCGGAGCCAUUAUGCGCCAAAGGACCAAAGUUACUACUUAUCCCAAGUCGGGCGGGAGGCCCUCGCGGACCUCUUAAUGCCCAUGGGAUUUCUAACAAAACCGGAAGUCCGACAAUGGGCCGCAGAAUUACACCUGCCCAACGCAACAAAGCCGGAUUCCCAGGGUAUCUGCUUCGUUAACAACAGCCAGCACGGUCGGUUCCAAAAUUUUUUGCAAGAAUACUUACCCAGCAGCGUUGGCCACAUUGUUACGGUGGAGGAGGAAAGUGGCACACGUCGCAUAUGGGGCCAGCACCGUGGCAUUUGGUCAUAUACCAUUGGACAGAGGGUCGGCAUAUCCCUUCCCCAAGGAGACCCCAAGUACCAGGGCGCCUGGUACGUGAGUCACAAGGACCCCAAGACAAAUACUAUAGAGAUCGUGAAAGGUAGAGACAACCGUGCCCUCUACAAGGACACUUUGUCGGUUUCCGAUUUUGAAUCUUUGGUGCCUCCCGAGGACUUGGCAAGUACUUUGGAGGCAGCCAUGACUAAUGGCGAGUUAUACAUGCAGUUCCGUUCCUUGCAGCAAGCCGUAAAAGUCACGAGGUUACAGCUUCAAGACAGUGGGUUUGAACUCCAGUUGGCUACCGCGCAGCGCGCGAUGGCUCCUGGCCAAUACUGCUGCCUCUACCACAAUGACCGAGUCCUCGGCAGUGGCACAGUUAGGGCUACUUUCUGA